UUUUUUUUAAUCAAGUUGCUUUUUCCUCGUGUGCUCCCGCCUGGUUGGUCGCCGCUAUCGGGUUGACCCAGGGCCUGACCCUGGCAAGGCUGGGUGCCGUGCCGACCCCACCGUCGAGCCUGACGCAGUUUAGAAGAUGGUGGCGCACCGAGCACUGCGUUUCGUCCUGGUGGCGCUGCUGCUGGGACGCAUUCAUGGACACGGCCCCGAAGAGCCACAUGCCUCCGGGCAGCAGGAGGCCUGCGUCGGUGAGCAGCAAUGCCUGUCCGAGUGCACCGCCCCCACGGCCGUGCUGGCCGUGCCGGAGGAGGUAGUGCUCGUCCUGGGCAACUCGGGGUCCGGCAAGUCGGCACUCGCCAAGCUCCUGUCGCGCAACGACGGCGACAUGGUGGCCGUGCAGGACAACAACAACUACCUCAUCGAGGGCGACGGCAUCGGCAGCAGCAUCGCGUCGGUGACGUCGGUGCCGGAGCUGUACCACGACAACGAGACCCUCACCGACUACUUCGACUGCCCCGGCUUCGAGGACACGCGCGGCACGUGCACUGAGGUCACCACCACGUACUACAUGAAGGACAUCGCCCGGCACGCGCGCAGGGUCAAGGUGCUGCUGCUGACGCCGCACUUCGCGGUGCGCAAGGGCCAGGACCGCGGCGACUUCGUGACGAUGCUCAAGCACGCCGCCACCGUGCUCCAGAACCCGGCCAAGCUGCAGCAGUCCCUCGCGCUGGUGGUGACCAAGAUGGAGGCGCCCAUGAUGAAGGUGCGGGGCCGCUACGUCCGCGUGCCCGACGUGGAGGUCAAGAAGGCCGUGGCGGCGUUCCUCAGCACCCAGGUGCGGCCCUUCCUCGCCGCCAUGGCGGAGGACGCCGGCGUGGAGCCGGAGGAGCGGGUCGUGUUCGCCAACGCGCUCAAGCUCGUCGACAUCCUUCUCGGCGACGGCAAGGGGGACCAGGGCCGCAUCGGCCUGUUCCACGCCCCCGACGAGGAGGGCGCCAUGGACGACAUCCAGGUGAUGCGCGACGGCCGCGCCGCGCUGCUGGACCUGGUGCUCCACCGCAUGAGGUACGCCGACGUGCAGCAGGACGACUUCGGCUUCUCCGUGUCGGCGCGCACCAAGGUGUUCGCGCUGGAGAGGGCGCGGCGGCUCAACGCGGACGUGGUGGCCGCCCUGGCGGAGAUCAGCGCCACCGCCAAGAAGCAGUCCGACGAGGCGUACGACCCCAGCGACAUCCGCGCCACGCAGGAGCGCUACGCGGAGCUGGAGGAGAAGGCCGCCGGCGUGGCCGCGCGCGUCAAGAACAGCACCGACGUGCAGGACUUCUGCCAGCGCGCGGCUGAGGACUUCGACGACAAGGUGGCGGACAAGUGCCGCCUGCUGGACGUGCUGCAGGUGGUGAGCGGCCAGCCCCUGGUGGACAAGGCCGUCCUGGCCAGCACCUGGGCCGCGCCGCUCGACGGCGUCACCGCCUACGUCAAGGGGAAGAAGGCCUGGUACUCGCUCCUGCUGUCCCUGUACCCGCGGCUCAACUCGUACCGUGUACAGUCGCAGCGCCAGAAGGUCCGCCAGGCCGUGUUGGACAAGUCUGCGGGCUUUGCCUUGGUGCCGGGGUUCCCGACCCAGGCCGAGCUCGCCUCCAUGGCCGCGCUGUGGCAGAAUCAGUCCGUCCCUCGGUCCGAGCUUGACGCGCUGCUGUCGAGGGCUGGCCGGGGCCCCGAGGCGCGCUGCCUCCCCGACGGCGUGGUCGUCGUGGAGGGAGAGUCCCUGCUGCUAUCCGAGGCCGUGUCCGUGGCGCGCAGCAGCUGCGGGUGGCCAAAGCUCCUCGAGGUGCACGCGCUCAACACAUUCUUCGUGGACGACAGCGUGAGGCUGCCCGGCGUGCUCCUGGCAGUGGUGGCGCCGCGCUGGGAGAUCCUGGGCUCGCCGUCGAUCUACCUUGACGGCGAGCCCGGCGGGGCGCCUGGCAGGGCGGCGUGGGGCGCGGCGAGCGGGGGCGGCCUCUUCAUGGCCGUGGGGCUGGAGUUCAUCGGCGGCAAGGUGCUCGUCAGCGCCAGGGGCGGCGCGGGGGGCGCCGGCCAAGAC